AUGCACCAGGCCAAAUUGAAACCAAUAUGCCUCAUACCGGUUAAUUUUACAUUGGCUGAUCGCGAGACCUAUCGACUUAGGACUGUAUCGUUAGGCACUCACGAUAAUGAAAAUACGGGAGAUGCUACAAAGUCUGCCCAACAAUAUCCCAAAUGCUAUAAAUUUGAGAUUGGUAAUGCUACUAUAAAUAUAAUAGACACUCCGGGUAUUGCCGACACAAAGGGUAUUGAUAAGGAUAACAAUAAUAUGAAAAAUAUAUUGGGCUUUAUAUCUAAUUAUCCCGAAAUUAACGCAAUUUGUGUGCUCUUAAAGCCUAAUAAUGCGAGGGUUGGCGUAGUCUUCAAGUAUUGUUUGUUACAGUUGUUGAGUCACUUGAAUAAAUCUGCGGCCGAUAACAUACUGUUCCUCUUUACCAAUGCCCGGUCAACACAAUACGCACCGGGAGAUACCGGACCCGCAUUGAUAUCGCUAUUGGACCAAAUCAGAGAAAGCCCGCCGUAUGUGGACAUAGAGUACGACAAGAAAACAAUCUAUUGCUUCGACAACGAGGCCUUUCGGUUUGCAGUGGCGUCGGCACCGCCUAAUAAUAUAGUGUUUGACGACAUGCUAACACGUGAUUACGAAAUGAGUUGGCAGGGAUCAGUCAAAGAAUGCGAUCGAUUAUUGGAGCGCAUAUUAUCACUGCCACCCCAUAAGGUGAUGGACACCCUAUCCCUCAAUAACGCCAAACAGAAUAUACUUCUAUUGACUCAACCAUUGGCUGACAUCGCGAAGAAUAUCUCUGAUAACGUCAAGCAAUGCGAACGACACAAAAAAAAGAUCAAUGAGUUCACGGGUGAUAUUAACGAUCUCGAAAAGGAACUGUAUAUCCCUUCAGUGGACAUCGAAACCGAUCCAUUAGAUCACCCGAAGACUGUCUGCAGUGACAAAAACUGUUGCACUCAGGAGAACAUUAACGGAAACAUUAAGACCCACUACAAAACCAAUUGUCAUUCACCAUGCUACUUGGUACAUAGCGACGGCAAUAUCGUGGGAAAUAAGGGUCUACUCGACUGUAAGGCAUUCAAUAAGUAUGAACGAGUCGGUCCAGACAUCUAUAGCGAUCCGUCACAACUUUACCCUGAUCACAAAAAUUUUAAGCCGCAUGAAUUGAAUGCAGAGGGAAAGGUAUUAUCAACGCCAUCAACGGUCACUAAAUCGGACAUAUGCUACGAAUGUAAGCACUCGUAUCAGUCGCACCUACACAUCAAUUACGAGACCCGUAUUGUGAACACGAAAGUUCGGGAUGAGAGCAAAUUCGAGCUCAUCACCACAACGCAACAAGCGACUGUAGCUCAGCAAGAUCAAAUGGAAAAAAUUCAGGUCAAAAUCGAUGAGCUAACCAAGGAGAAUAAUGUGAUUACAAAGUGCAUGGCUAAGUUUGCGUGUUUCCUGAAAGAUAACGCUCUGACACCUUUCAACGACGCGUUCGAAGAUUACGUGAACGUCAUCAUUGAGAACGAAAAGCAAGGUGGCAGUAAAGUGACCAUCGACAAAUUGGAGCAAAUGCUGAAAAGGUAUAAAUAUGAAAAGAACGUAAUUCUGGAUGCUAUGAAGAAAAGCGAUCAGGGUACUAUAUCGGUUGAGGACAUCGAUCAAAUUAUCAAGAAAUUAUGCGGGCUGAAGUGGAAUGGGCCGGCUAUUAGAAAGUUGUUGGCCACACAGAUUCAGUUAAAGGCUCAGAGUUACGCCCAAAAUGAGCAACGCAUAAAUCCUGGAUCCGGAUUGACCGCCACGUUUGGGAAACUUAAGACUUUUUGGAAAAAGAUUUUUUAAAGUAAUAAUUUAAAUUAUUACUUAAAAUAUUUCUACAAUCAAUUAUAACUUUUAUAAUAGAUAUAAUAUAUAUUUUGGGAAAGAAA